CCAUUUCCGGCCUGCGUCGCCAUCUGCUUUCUCGUCCUUCUCCAAUCUCCGUGUUGUUGUUCCCGGUGACGCGACGGAGGUGUAGCCUGACGCGGGCUCUUACGUGUCGGCCAGAAUAAAAGUGGAGCUCCGGAGGCCCAGGAGUGACGAAGGGAGUCUGUAUCGCUCAGCCCAUGAAGAUGGAGUCGGUAGCGGAGGCUCAGCAAGGGGUGGAGAGUGCUGUGACCGAGACGGAGAACCAGCAGAUCACCCCGGCACAGAUCGCUACUUUGGCACAGGUAUCCAUGACAACAGGCCAUCCCUCAGCAACAGGUCCCACGGUAACGCUGGUCCAGCUUCCUAACGGACAGACGGUUCAGGUCCACGGUGUCAUCCAGGCUGCACAACCUUCUGUUAUCCAGUCCCCACAGGUCCAGGCUGUACAGAUCUCCACCAUAGCAGAAAGUGAGGAUUCACAGGAGUCAGUAGACAGUGUGACUGACUCUCAGAAACGCAGAGAGAUUCUGUCACGACGUCCCUCGUACAGGAAAAUCCUGAACGACCUGUCAUCCGACGUGCCGGCUGUCCCUCGUAUCGAGGAGGAAAAGGCCGAGGAGGAUUCAUCUGCUGCGGCUGCCACACCCGCAAUUACCACUGUUACUGUCCCCACACCCAUCUACCAGACCAGCAGCGGCCAAUACAUUGCAAUCACACAGGGCGGUGCCAUUCAGUUGGCUAAUAACGGAACAGAUGGAGUGCAGGGACUUCAAACUCUGACCAUGACCAACGCGGCAGCGGCUGCCCAGCCCGGAGCCACCAUCCUCCAGUAUGCACAGACCAGUGACGGCCAGCAGAUACUGGUUCCCAGUAACCAGGUGGUGGUCCAAGCUGCCUCUGGUGACGUCCAGGCCUAUCAGAUCCGAGCAGCCCCUGCAAGCACCAUUGCCCCCGGGGUGGUCAUGGCCUCUUCCCCUGCCCUCCCGACGCAGGGUGCCACUGAGGAGGUCACCCGCAAACGGGAGGUCCGCCUCAUGAAGAACAGAGAGGCAGCUCGUGAAUGUCGAAGGAAGAAGAAGGAGUAUGUUAAGUGUCUGGAGAACCGAGUGGCUGUCCUGGAGAACCAAAACAAGACACUAAUUGAAGAACUUAAAGCCCUUAAAGACCUUUAUUGCCAUAAAUCUGAGUAGUUUGUGUCCUGAGCCCCGAGCUGGGCCAAGUAGCGUAUCGGUUCCUUUCAAAUACUUUGACUGUUUGAGUCUGCCUGUCUGACCUUCCAGUUUACACACGGCUGGCUCUUUUUGACGAAGUCGCCCUACUUCAGUUCUGCCUUUACUACUCUUUCUUCAGUUGGCUGUCAGAAUAAUACAUUUAAAAUACGCAAUAUCUUUGCAGGAUUAAUACACUGAGAACACCCGUGCAUUCUCACAUCGAGAUUUGAUGAUAGAUGGUGGCAAAGUGCAAACUGAAACUUUAUGGUUUAAAACAGUAGCUACAAUCCUGUGCAGCAUCAUUAAAAGGGUAGAAUCAGCUGCUGACAUCAGGUAAUAUGUUAUUUCACGCACCUUUAUUAGUGGGGCUGCAUCUUAUUGUCGUAGUUUGGUGGCUAAUACCCAUAUAACUUAGCAUACGAUUGAAUUCAUCGUGGUCUUUGUGGAGGUGCUUCACUGGAAAAGGUUGACAACAAAGUCCGAUGAGCCCGAGGAAAUAUUAUCCUCAUACAUCUUCUUUAAACAACAAAAAGAACCUUUCUGUGGUUCUUUUCAACCAUCAUGGCCUCUUCUUGUUGUCCUAGUGUGGUCAUGCAAAACUGUGAACUCUCAGGCCAUCCUGCUGGUUCAAAUAGUUCACAAUGGUUUAUUGAGGUAAUAAGUUUGCCACCUAUGCUCAUCUCAGACUUCAAGUAUUUAUUUAUUUUUUUGUUGUUGCAUUUACGGUUUGACUGUUGAAAAGCUGUCUAAGGCUCAUAUUUCAUUGGCCCCAUUGGACUCCAGUAAAGCAUUUGUGUUUACUACUGUAUGUAAGCAGUAAUGCCUGAUAAGCUGUGCUUGAAGCAUCGCCACUGCUGCUAUGGUAGCCUACAGUUUAAUUUACCUUGCACUCUGAUUUAGAACAGUAGUUAAACUGUAGGCCUGUAGAACUAUGUUUGAGGUGUCCUGAUGUAUGAUUUCACAGACACCUGCCAAAUAUUCAUGAAUAAAUAUUUUUGUGAUGCCACGUUGUAACUUUACAGUCACGGGGGUGAGUUCAGUUAUAAACCGUAUAGGGUACUGGCCACGACUAUGACAAGAAGACCCAGCUCGUAGACAAAAUUCUAAAAAUCUUUUGCCUUUGAUAUGAUCACAAUUUACUACAUAGAAAUUUUCAAAUAAGUUGAUAUUUUUCCCUGCUGUAUGCUACAUUUGACAGUGCGUUCAGAACAUACUUAAUCUUAAGACAGUUUGUGUAACAGUUAAGACUAGGACGUGACCUUUCAGGCAAGCUCAGUCAGUUGCAGCUAAAGGCUUUGAAUGAAUUGUGAAUCUCUACUUGAUCCACAUCCUGAUGUGAACCAACUUUUCAACAAUGUGACCAUUUGUGUCGGGGACUCUACAACUAAUUGGGCACAAAUACGUAAAUUUUUCUAUUGCUCUUAAAGAUGCUACCAACUGCCGAUCGUGAAGGGACUGGAACUGAUUGCCACAGUCGUGUCCGUUGAGAAGGGACGUAUUGUAAUGUGACAUCACACUUUUCAUUUCACUCAUUGUUUUUCUGCUUCUCCACAACAGACGGUUGAAAGAGCUGCUGUUAGAAUAAGAUUGUUAGCAGGCAGAAGCACAGUUUUAAAGAAAGACUGCUGUUUUCACAACCUGGGGUCUCAUUUUGUUAGCUUUGGACAACACUCCCAUUAGUUAUGGUGACAAUUUAAUCGUGAUACCUUAAGUCCAGUAGGGCAGCAACACAAGAGGCCAUUUUAUCUAAACAAAAUUAUUUUAAAGUGAAAACAAAUCCGAGGGCUAGUUAUUCUGGACCUGGCUUUUGCAGGAAAAAAAGACAAAGAAAACUUUGCAGAAUUACUUCUUUGUUUACAUUGACUGGCUGUACUUGAUGAGGUACUGCGCACAAGUCAUUUUUCAAAGCAAAGUGCUGUUUUAAUGGACACUCAUGUGUGUUUGUGGUAAAAAUAGCCCGGGGUUUGUUUAUAACUCCACCUAUUGUGUUGCUCACUGCGUCCCCCAGAUAUCAGCAACUGCUGAGUAAGAUUUUGUUUCACAACAGAUGAGACUGAUUUUCUAAAAGAAUUUAAAAAAAAAAAAAAACUGAACAAAACAAAAGACCCAGGUUGUACAAAAAUGUAUUGAGUAAUUUUAACAGCAGAGACAAAGAUGUUUUCCAAGCAGUAAAUUUCAGGUCAAGCAUCAUCUCCUUGUGCCACAGUCAUCUGUCAGUCUGUUGUCAAGAAUGACCACCACGAUCAAAGUAAUCAAUUUUACAUGAUAAUUCAUUUUACAGUGUUUUCCAAUAUUGUGUCUGUUUUGCAAUGUCUGUUCAAUGGUGGUAAAAUAUGGAUUCCGACAACAAGCGAGAUUGCAGAGCCAUUUUUUGUUGAUAUGUAGCAGAUUUGAUUCUUUGUGAAAUCUACAGAAGAUAUAGGCUACGGAUACAUGACUUUAACACUAAUAAUCCAUGACAAUGUGCGUUCUAUUGAAAAGAGAUCACCUUUGUUGGACUGCGUGGUUUUUGAGAAAAUACAUGUACGUAUUUGUCUGUUUAUUUUUUUAUAUUACUGUACAUAGACUCUACAGCAUGUGUAGACCUCAUGUAUUUCUGUUUAUUUGAUAUGAAAAAUGUUCUUAUGGCUUGUAUGAAACAACUUUGCAUAUUUGUAACAUAAUCUAAAUGUAUAAUAGAGGACAAUGUGUGUAUUCAUGUAAUCCACCAGGCCUACCACCAUCAUGGCAGCUACAUUUAUGAAAAAAGGCCUUUGUUGGAGAUGUUAUAUUUUGGAGUGCUGUACUGUUUAAGAUUGACGGUGUUUGUUUGUAGAGAAGAGCGAGUCUUGUGAGAGCAGUAGGGGUCAAUAACUUACAACAGUUUCAAAAUUAACAGUUUUGGUUGUUGGAAAAGUGCACAGCAGAGCCCUCGGUGGCUUCAAACUCAGCCACAUGUUUGUUUUUAACUGUAAAUGUAUUUUUAUUUCAUAGACCUGCACAGAAAUGGCUCCAUCUGUAACCUCUUUUAUAUAUUUCAAUUCAUCAUAUGAAAGAACAAGUUUUCUUUCCACUGGAGCCCUUUUUUAUGUAUAUUUUAUUGUGCUUUGUCUGUUUUUAUUUUACUACAAAGUUACAUGAGAUUUUUUUUUAAUUUCUUAUUGACAUUGGUUCCAGUAGUAAGAUAUACUGUAUGUCAGUUAAUCAAUCCUCUACUCACAUAUUAGCUAAUUUCAACAGGAAACUAACCUGAAUCCUCUCUAAACAAAAAAAAUCUGAUGUUUUGGAGUGAAAGAUACCUUCUGGUAUUUUGUUA